UUGUGGUCACUCUCGUGACGUUAGCUUGUGGCUCUCUGUUUUGACAAGUAAAUAGCUACUGUAGCUUGUUGUCAACCACAUUUACAUUUACGUCAUUUAGCAGACGCUCUUAUCCAGAGCGACUUACAAAUAGGACAUUACUCGCUAUCAACAAGGAUCGAUAGCUAUCUAGCUAAACCUCCAAUAUAACAGUAGACGUGGAAACGUCUGAUUUGUGGCGGCUCUUUUAUAAUUCACCUGCUGCUAACGUCCAGCUAACUGUUGAUAGCUAGCUAACGAACUAGCUAGCUAUUUAGUAACAAUAGUGAUUAGUUAGCUAGCGAAAUAGCGUUUUAAAUAACAUUAGCAUCAGAGCAGCUACCAUUGCUACAUUGAUUGAUUGAUUGAUCCGCACAUUUCCUCUUGACAUUGGGAUUCGGAAGCUAGAAGAACAGUAUUUAAAGAGCAUGUCUACCUCCAACUUCAAAACCAAAUGUGUCACUCAAGUGAAUUGCAUAUAUUGUGAGAGUCUACUCUGCACAAGAGGAAUGAAGGCAGUACUUCUCGCAGACACAGAAAUUGAGCUAUUCUCUACUGACAUACCGCCCAACAGGUAAGCAAUAAAACCACUAUGUUCUUAUGAAAUUAUCACUGAAUGUGAGGAAUGAGUUGUGACAAAUGAGCUAAUGACGGUUAUGGUUUCUAUGGGGAUCUCUCAUCACUGUCAGUUUUUUGGAGGUGUUCAUAACUUCAUAUGUUGAGUGUUUGUGAUACUGUGAGAUAUAGGAAAUACGUAAUAAAGCAACACAAGUUCUUACCCAUUAUCUCCCUCUAUGGCUAGAAUGAGUUGGUGCCCCUAUGUUCUUUCUAACAAUCCCCAUAACACCCCCCACCCCCUCUUCUAGAACUGUUGACUUUGUGGCCAGCUGCUACUCUACAGAGAGCUGCAAAUGCAAACUGAGAGACAUCGCCUGCCUGAAAUGGUAUGUAUGUAACUUUAUUGUAAACACAGAUUUGCCUACUCACAUUACACUAAACAGUUUGCAUUCAUUAUUUAUGUGAUUUGUGGUUACAAAAUAGCAUUACUAGACAGACAAUUGUUGUGGCUGUUUUAUUAAUAUUUACCUUAAAACAUGCUAAUGUUUGCAAAUGUUCAUGUCUUCAGUUGGAAAGUUUUUCAGCCAGCAGUUUGUUGGGUACAGUGAGGCUUUUGUCAGGCACCCUUUGUAUCCCCAGGGCUUUGUUGUUGUACACAGAAACACAUCGGUCAGAUAAUAGACACCUACUGAUAGAGUUAGCACUUUCACAGGUGCUCGCUAUAAAACGCUGACUUUUUUAAAUCUAUCUCUCUCCCUCCCCCAUAUAUUUUUCCCUUUUCUCUAUUUCCCACUCCCUCUCUCUCUCUACUUCCCCCUUCUCUCUCUAUCCCCCUCUCCAGUGGUAAUUUUGUGGGGUAUCACGUGGUAGCCCCAUGUAAGCCCUGCCUGCUGUCCUGUAACAAUGGCCAUUUCUGGAUGUUUAACAGUGAUGCUGUGUCCACCCUUAACAGGCUGGAUGCUACAGGUUAGAACUCCUUCACUCACUGUCUCCAAGCUCACUGACCUCUGGGUGAACCCAUUUGAAUUCAAUCACUUUUUGACAGAACCCCUUUUGAGGUCAACAACAUUUUCCAUACAUACUUGCCCAUUGUAGAAGUGCUCAGAAAGUUACUUUUCUGACCUGAAUGCCAAAACAUUCAAGAGAUAAAGGUGCUCAAAGUUGAUCGAAAAGAUGGACGGUUGAGAUGGAUAUCAUUUAAAAGCUUACAAACAGUGUUGUCCAACUAUUUUAUAAUUUCAGGAAAAAAAUGUUUUUAAUAAAACAAUUAUCUAAAAACGCAUAAACUCUGAUUUUGUUAAUAUUCGCAUAUAUUUUAGCUUGGACCCUAUUUUACAUCAUCUAAGGUUAUUUGUGUUGUACCCGCCAUCGAUUGAGACACAACAUGCUCUUGAAUACAGGGUGGGUGUCAUGUUUUGGCUGAUUUAAUGUACUAAAAUGGGAAUACAAUAGAAAUGUCAACUUUCAAGUGGUAUCAAAAAGAUGGUUGGAGAUCCACACAUCAGAGAAUGUUGACUUGAAUGGGAGUAUCUGUUGUCAAUCCUACAUAGGAAAUCAUAGAAAUAUAGAUAAUAGAUUAGACAUGAUCAUUUAAGUUGACAUUUGACGGUGGGUGGACCGGCUGUCAUCUUUGUGUUACUAAUUUAAAUUUCAAUGGUGUACCAGCUAAAUUGCAGUGGUCUGAAGGGAUAGGUCCAUUCGAUUACUUAUUUUUCUAUGAUUUAAAUGCGCCCAACCUGUAUUCAAGAGGAUGUUGUGUCUCAACCGAUGGCGGGUACUACACAAAAAACAAAGAUUAUGUGAAAUAGGCUCUAAGCUACAACAUGACUGCGAAAAUGUUUACACGUUUUUAGAUAAUUGCGGUUUAAAAAUGGCAAGAAAUAAUAAAAUAAUUUGUCAACACUAUUGGUAAGCUUUUAAAUGAUAGCAAACUCAGCCACUUAUAUUUUCCAGUGAUUAAGACAUGGAUGUCUCAUGGUAUGGUGGGGUAUGCAAAAUGGUUCAACUUUGAGCACCUUCAUCUCCUGAAUGUUUUGGCGUUCAGGUCCAAAAAGCCACUUGAUGACUGCUUCUUCCAUGGGCAAACAUAUGGAAAGUGUUUUUUUUAUUUUGUUUGUUUUUUAUCAAAAGGGAUGCUGUCAAAAAGUUACGGAAUUCAAAUGGAUUUACUCCACUUACCUAUCGAGGAACCAUACAGACCGUAUUCUGAGAGGACUGUCCUUAAACCAUAUUUAGUCAAAGUAAUAAACAUGUAAAGAAUAAUUACCCUAAAUGCACAGUUUGUGAAAAGAUACCGAUACCCCCUAAGGCUAAGCAACACUGACUGACUCGCCACAUUGCAACGUGUGUGGCGUUAUGUGUUUACUCUUCCGAUCUCCACUACCUCAUGACUUAGCACAUAGUCCCUCCUAUAGCUCAGUUGGUAGAGCAUGGCGCUUGCAACGCCAGGGUUGUGGGUUCGAUUCCCACGGGGGGCCAGUAUGAAAAAUGUAUGCACUCACUAACUGUAAGUCGCUCUGGAUAAGAGCGUCUGCUAAAUGACUAAAAUUUAAAAUAGAAACGCAGAAGUUGAAUUAUUUGGGGAGGACAUGCAAAGCCUGAAAGCCAGCCUGUUUCUACUUUAGCCAAUUUGUUAUUGACUUAGCUUGUCGGCAAGAAAAUACUGUUCCUUAAACUGCACAUGCACACACAAACUCUGCGUCUUCUGUUGCAGGUUUGAACCUAUUGCUGUGGGGAGACCUUCCCGAGCUAGAGGACAGCGAGAACGAGGGAUCAGACAGCCCAUCGGAGGAGGAGUGCAUCAGGUAGAGGGAGAUGGAUGACAGAUGGAAGAGAAACAGAAGAGAGGCCUUACCCUGUGACCAUAUCCCCCCUUCCCAACAUAUGCCCAUUAGAAGCACACAACCCCCUCAUGUUCUUAUCUCUCUCUCUCUCUCUCUC